AUGAUCCAAACUAAACUUAAUACUGCCUUAAGAUUAUCAAUCGGAGGAUUUAAAUCCAGCCCAAUUGAAAGCAUUAGAAACAUUGCUAACGAAAUUCCGCCUAAUCUCAGAAGAAAAAAACUUCUCUUAUUAUAUUGUGCCAGAACCAAAAGAAAUACAAACAAUCCAGCCAUCGAAACAACAAAAACAUAUAUACAAGAAGCUGUAAAAGAAAAUAUAAAAAUAAAUAAUAUUCUAGAAAGAAAACCUUAUAAUCUUCCCCCAUGGAACACAAUAUUCAACGUCAACCUCACACUAACUAGUUACAAAAAAGAAAACACAAUGCCUGCCAUAUACAAAAAUAUGCUCCAAAAUAUACUGCAAGAACAUCCAAACAGUGUUCAAAUCUACACUGACGCCUCUAAAACCAACACUGGAGUCGGGCUCGCAAUAAUAGUUAAAAAUAAAAAAAGAACAUACAAACUACCUCCCCAAGCCUCAAUAUUCAUAGCAGAAGGGAUUGCAAUAUACAAAGCAGUAAAAUAUUUCCACACAGAAAACGUAAGCUCCGUAACAAAUUGUACGAUACUUAGCGACUCACUAAGCAACCUAAUAGCAAUCUCAAAUACAAGUAACCCGCCUGAUAUCACAAAGCUCAUUCAAGAAGAAACCUUCCAGGCCGGUAAAAAAGGGAAAAAAAUCCCUUUUGUAUGGAUUCCUGGUCACAUUGGCAUCCCAGGUUACGAAAUAGCUGACCAAGAAGCCCAAAACGCUAUCGUCUCCACAUCAACCACAAAUAUAAAUUCCAUCACAUUCGCUAAUGCGAAGAUCGAAAUCAACGCCUAUAUAAAUAAUAAAUUCCUCUCUCACCGGAGAAAAUUAAAUACUAAACUCAAUCAAAUCAAAAAUAAUAUCAACCCAUGGAAAAACCUCGGUCUUAACAGAAAAGAAGAAACCACAAUCAAUAGACUUCGAAUAGGACAUACACACCUAACAGCUACCUAA